UACGCAGAAUUGUGUAUAUUUAUAGAACAUCGUCAGUUUCUUUUCUUCCUGGUUGAAGCUUGGAGGACAUUACAAAUGUAACAACAAAGUUCCGAGUCUUCCUAUCAAAGAUGGCGUUUCUUUCCUCUAUGAUGAGAUUUACACUUGUUUAUAUAGUGUCCGUGAUUACUUGGGCAGAUGCUUCAAGUUUAUGGUUCUGCGAUAUGACUGAUGACCCCUGUGAGGCAGCAAAUAUACGGCCGGCAUUUGAGCCAGAUUUUAGGGCAGAGAACUGCCUGUACAAGAGUUACGAUUAUUGUGAUCGCUACAUAACUCCAGGAUGGCACAGGUUUGAGGAAGACAUGUUGAAUCAUCCUCCCAAUUUACUUAGUUGUGGAGCUGUGUAUCCUUCGUGGCUUAACGGAAGCCUCCCAACAGUGGAAAACGAAAUUGUACACAGAAAAGUAUGUAAAGUUGGUUUUGAGGGUCCAUGUGUUAAGGACGUCACUAUCAGAAUAAAACAUUGUGGGUCAUUCAACGCCUACUGUCUACCGGCACUGGAUGCCUGCUCAGAGAGAUAUUGCUUCGGUGAAAAAGACGCUUCCUGUGUAGAGACAACAAGUUCUCCUAAACCUGACACUACUCCAGCUGUCUGGAAAACAUCCACAACGAGGCAGCCACCCAAACCAACGGAUAGACCCACAACCAGGAAAACCACGAAGAAUCCAAUUCUUGAAAGAUUGUGUUACGAAGAUCCGUGCAUGUUGCCUGAAAUCCCAAGGAUUCCAAACACCAAAAACAGGAGUGAAAACUGUAAAUACACACACUACAUGCAAUCAUGUGAUCGGGAUCUAUAUCCUGGCUGGUAUAAAGCAGACGACCACGGACAAGUACUGUUAAAUAAAUGUCCGGGAGUCCUUUCCUGUGGUGCUAUCCGCCCCGUCUGGAUGCAGGGUUCGCAUCCGAGCACUGAGGACGGGAUAGUACAAAGAGACAUUUGUACAUCAGGACUAUCGGCGGGUUUUCAUGAAAACUGUUGCCUGGAGAAAAACAAAAUACUUGUGAAGAACUGUGGACGGUUUAUGGCCUACUGCUUGAAACCCUUGAAUUUAUGCGAGGAUCGAUACUGCUUCGGAAAGCAUGAACCCUGUUUUGCUGAUGAUGACGAGUAUAUAAAGAAAAAUCCUUUGCCCCACAAAAAGUGGUUAACAGAAAAUACACUGAUCAUUGCUGUAGUCUUAUUAAUUACACUGGCAACCAUUGGAGGUCUAGUGGUGUUAUUGUUUCUAUAUCGGAGGCAACAUUUCAAAAGAUAUUGCAAUAAAUCCGCCAUCUAUGAGAAACCAGUCCCAUGUAAGAAAAUUGACAACGAUUACGAGACACUACAUGUUAAAUGGCUCAACAAGGAGAAUAAUUAUGUGAGACUUCCGGAGAAAUCAUCUGACGUCACAAUCAGUUCAAAAUCUUUGGAUGUUCAUUCCGUUAGCUAAUUGUGAAUAUCUGUCACAAUUUUAUUUACCACAUUGUAAGAUACCACGCUUUAAUCAUUCAAAUAAGCAUACAUUUCAAACAUAUAUUUAACCUUGGAAGUAAAUACUCCAAGAGUUGUGCGAACGUGUUAGGAACAUGGAUUUAAAGGUCUGCAACAAUGACAAUGAAGAAGGUGAUUUUUUCCAUUUAUUUUUG